AGGCAGACUCUCUGUACGCGAAGCCAAUCAAAACUUCUAAAGGAAGAGUAAGAGAUCUCAAUGGCUGACAGGUCAUCUAAGGCUGUUGUUGCAUAUGGGGCAUUUGCUGGAUUUUUUACAUCGGCUCAGAACCAUGGUGGAAAGCAGAAUAGCAUCACCCCAAAUUAUGUGGGUGCGAAAGGGAAACAAUCCAAUUCCUAUGAAAGAACUGCAAGGGCCAGUUGUGUGGACAAGCACACUGGUGCCUACGCUCAUGCAGUAGCGAAACAGGUUAUGUCCAAUGGAGAUAUUGUCAAGGAGAGAUCAACAGGAAGAGUUGGUAUCAAGAAUGAGUACACAAACACCAAAGUUUGCAGGGUUGGGGACAAAUAUGGUUAUGCUGAAUACCAGGUUGAAGAGAAGUUUCGAAGAGUUGAUUAUGGUGGAAGUAGCAGCCACAAGGGCAACUCGGGCAGCAAAGGGAGCAACAGCAUCAAGGCCAGCUCCAGCAGCAAUGGGAAAAACCUCAUCAAGGACAGCUCCAGUACCAGGCACAGCUCCAACACAAAGGGCAGCUCCGGAGUCAAGAUCAGUGCCAACAUCAAGGUCAAUGCCAGCAUCAAGGGCAGUUCCAGCAACAAGGGCAGCUCCAGCAACAAAGCCAGCGCCAGCAUCAAGCGCGUGAGCCACCAUUAGAAGUCUUCGAAUAAUAUGCUCAUCAUGAUUGUCAAGUGGCUGGAUGUAGUAUGGAUAAUGGAUUUACUUUUGUGAUCUUUUCUGAACUUCAAUGUUCUUUGUAUUUGAGGAGCCUGGUGCUCCUUAUCCAUCAUUGUUGAACCUAUUAUUUUCUUGUUGUGUCUAAGUACUCCCUGGAGUUUUUAUGUUUGCAGAAAAUGGCUUUUUAUAAAUAAUUAAUAAAUGGUUAAUUUUCAU